GGUGAAAUACUUGAACGUGUACAGCGAGUCCUGCUGCCUACAGGGUCUCCGCAGGGUGGACGCCAGGCGCACGGCGGUUUCUUCGUUCUACCCGUGGGCUUGUCUGUUUCCAAUUCGUUUCAGGGCGCGACCCCGCGCAGCCCGUGCCGUGAGGCCGCUAGGGCACCCGAGGUGCCUCCCCGCUGAGGAGCGAGCCGGGGCGGCGUCCCGUGGGGAAGAUGAGCAGCACCAGCGCCAGGUCGAGCCACCUGUCUCAGCCGGUCGUGAAGAGCGUGCUGGUGUACCGCAACGGGGACCCCUUCUUCGCGGGGCGCCGCGUCGUCAUCCAUGAGAAGAGGGUGUCCAGCUUCGACGUCUUCCUCAAGGAGGUGACCGGCGGCGUUCAGGCGCCCUUUGGGGCCGUCAGAAACAUCUACACCCCGCGGACCGGGCACCGUAUCCGGAAGCUAGACCAGAUUCAGAGCGGGGGCAACUACGUGGCUGGGGGCCAGGAAGCCUUCAAGAAACUCAAUUACUUGGACAUAGGAGAAAUCAAGAAAAGACCAAUGGAAGUUAUGAAUACAGAGGUAAAACCAGUAAUCCACAGCAGGAUCAAUGUGUCAGCUCGCUUUAGAAAACCACUUCUGGAACCCUGCACUAUCUUCUUAAUUGCAAAUGGAGAUCUCAUAAACCCAGCUUCACGACUCCUCAUCCCUAGAAAGGCCUUGAGUCAGUGGGAUCACGUAUUACAAAUGGUCACGGAAAAAAUAACUCUGAGGAGUGGGGCUGUCCACAGACUUUAUACUUUAGAAGGAAAACUGGUUGAGAGUGGGUCCGAGCUGGAGAAUGGGCAGUUUUACGUGGCUGUCGGCAGAGAUAAGUUUAAGAAAUUGCCUUACGGUGAAUUACUUUUUGACAAGUCAACGAUGAGACGGUCUUAUGGUCAGAAAGCCUCUUCACUACCUCCUAUUGUAGGAUCCAGAAAGUCUAAAGGGAGUGGAAAUGACCGCCAAUCUAAGUCAACAGUCGGAUCCAGUGACAACUCAUCUCCUCAGCUCGCAAAGAGGAAAGGGAAAAAAGAAGACAUGACUUCGGAAAAACCCAUGAAAGGGAAGCAAAGUGUAAAGUUAAAGAAUUCGCCACAAACAGUUCCAAACAUUGAUGAAGGCGUUUUCAAAGCUGGAGAGGAGAGAUCUGAAACGCGGGGGGCAGCAGAAGUCCAAGAAGAUGAAGAUACUCAGGUUGAGAUUCCAGUGGACCAGCGGCCAGCAGAAAUAGUAGAUGAGGAGGAAGAUGGAGAGAAAGAAAACACGGAAGUGGAACAGAAGGAAGACUUUUCAGGAUUGAAUGGCGAAGUUGAGGAGGAAGGAGGUAGGGAGGCUGCCGGCGAUGCUCCAGGGCAAGUGGAGGAGACCUCGCAUCCCAGGGCGGAGCAGGCAGGUCCUGCUCGCGGGAGCGGAGGCACUGAUGAAGAAAAUGGCGAGGAACUGGACCAGGUUAAUAAUGAGCUGCAAGAGGCUGUGGACGAGGAAGGACAGUCUCAAGGAACUGGCAGUGGACCAGAAGAGGCUGACACGGACCCUCAAAGACCACCAAGGCCAGAAUUAAAAAUCACUAGUCCACAAGAAAAUGAUAACAAUGAACAAAACAAGGAUAGUCUGUCAUAGCAUAGAUGAUUUUUUAAGAAGAGUAUAUAGAUCAUAAGAAAAAUGAAGGGUUAUUAUACUUGAAUAAUAAGUAUAUAGUUAUUGCUAAACAUAAUGUGACAAUACGGUUGAGUACUACCUACUGAAGUUUAAAAUUAGAGGCCUAAUGGAAAGACUAGAUAACUUUGAAUAGCUACUGAAGGCAACUGACUUCUUUUUAUGAGAUGUGUUUUUAAAAGUCAUUUAGAAAAAUUAAACAAGAGUGGUGGAGGGGAAUUUGCCCUGGAAGACAAUUGGCCACUUGUCUUUGUAAAGAAGAGAGGAACAGGAUCAUUCCUACUGUAAACUUUCUUAUAAAUUUAGAGGUGAGAUUAUUAGAUGGCAGUUUAUGCUAAACCACAUACCUAAGAAGGCACAGAAUUUAAGAAAUGAUAAUAGGAAAGCAUGUACUAUUUUUUUAAGCAAUAAACUCCUUUUUUUUUUCCAGCAAUAAACUCUUGAAUAAACAACUUGCAGUUUAGUUUCAGAGAUAAUUUGGAGAUGGCAGUAGACUGAACUGUUUCUGUGUCUUGUUGACAUUCUUUUCUUUCCUCCUCCUGGGCCGAAAUCCACCAUAAAAAAAUGAAAAGGAUAAUGCAAGAUACUCAUUUUAGAUGGAGGAAGUGCUCACUCAGUGUAUUCCUGACUAAUAUUGUCAUGCCCCUCCCUUAGCUGCUUCAGGUUUUAAUCCUUACGGCUUUAAUGACACACACUCAGGAAGAAAUUAACAAGGAACACCUAGUUAUUAUCACUGAGCCUGGCUGGAUGUUUUGCAAAUUCUGGUAUCCUGUGGAUUUUCUCUGAUCCAGUCUACCAUUUCCAAUAAUAUUCCUUUCUUCUCCUUCACAUUAUGGAGUUAGAAGAAAACUCAAUAUUGGCUAUUCCAAAGAUUGAAUUCUCUCCAGACAGUUUUUCUUUUAACAAAAAGAACAAGACAGUGUAAUAGAAAGAAAGUAGGCUAUGUGGAGAGUUUGUCACUCUUCAAUUUCACUGGCUUUUUGCUUUAUUUCUCUUAGGACUGCCUCCUCAUAUUUUUUUCCCAUAGGAAUAUCAGCAAAUAUUUAAUUUCAUAGCUAGUUAUAUUUAGGCUUUCAAGCAGAUUCCUUUCUAUAUAAUUAGAAGCUAUAUGAGAGAAAUUGCUGAAAAAAGUUUAAAAAUUAUCGUAAUGAAACCAGCUCCUGAUUACAGAUUUCUGGGUUAAUUAAAUUAACUCAGAUUGCCUUGUUAGGUAUAUAUGGGGAAAAAACAUAAUUGUGUUAGUAUUUGUUUUUUGAAUUCUUAAGAAAUGAUGCAGUUCUUCCUUCAAUGUACAAAUAUUUUUCCCAUAUUAAAGAAUAUUUUUGUUAAUUAUGUAGAAGUUAUAAAUUUGAAAUUUUAAUUUCUAGUGCUUUCAUAGAAUUCAUUAUUAAUGAUAAGUUUAAAAGAUUCUUUUUCCCUCUCCAGGUUUCAUAACCAAUCAUUUGGAAUCAAAGUAGUUGUAUAAAGCACUUAAUAAUACUAUAGAAAACAGAUGUAUUUUUCCUAGAAGCUAUUUUAAUAUUUUCCACAAAUAGGAAGUAUAUACAGAGACUAUAAUAUGACAGUAUUGGAAAGAGAUACUGAUACAAGGGUAGAUUAAUCUGGGAGGAUGAAUUGUAAAUUGUGCUGUAUUUCUAAUAUAAACUCUAGAUUGUGCUUUCUACUAGCAGGCUUACUUUUUCAAAUAGGACAAUAUAAAGCCUUCAGACUAGAAGCAAUAAUCUUGUAAUGCUAGGGAAAUAAACUACUUGAUUUUCUUUAAGGUUUAAAUUCCCACACUAUUACUGGGCCCAGGGUUAAUAAUUUCAAAAAGCUUAUAAAAAUAAGGGAUUAAAUAUAAGAAAUUGUAACUAAUUAUCAAGCUGAUUCAUUCUCUUUUCUUUCUUUAAUGAAGAGUUUCUUCUUUAAUAAAGCUAUUCUGUCUUUCUCUUUUUUCCUGUUCUUUUCUUCAUAGUACUAAAAUUUAGGUUUUUGAGAACUGUUUAAGAGUCAUAGAGAAGCAUAAUGUUACUUUAAAUGAAAAACUAAGUUUGGUAUUUUAAGUAUACUUCAAGAAGGUGAUAGGCCACAAUACUGGUAGGAAAGAAUUAAAAAAUGGGGAUAUAAUACUUUUCUUGUAUGGGCAUAUUUUUACCACUUGUCUACAAGAUAUAAUUGUGACCUAACUUGAGGGGAUGAACAGUCACUAAUCACUUUAAAGCACUUUGCAAGCAUAUAUUCCUUAAAAAAAAAAAAAAAGGAAAGAAAGAAAUACGUCAUCUAAUUCUGAAAGAAACCAUUCACAGAGAAUUAAAAUUGUGGACAUCAUUUUGGAGAUGACUUUAACAUAAAUGAUGAACGUUAAUUCACCUCCCAAACGUGGACGGUUCCUUUGUGGGAGUGGUGGCCUCUGUGGCAGACCAGCGCCACAAAUUGAGUGAGACUCACUGACAGAUUUGGAGACCCGUUAUGCGAGGGAACAGGAGAGAUCUUGGUUAGGCUUCAGGGAUUGUUUUACAGGGAGGAUGUUAGGAAAUACUCAGGUAGCUUUCAUGUGAGAACCAAUGAUAGAAUGCUUUCAUCUGUUAGUUCUUUGGGGUAGACUGUCAUAGUUCCAAUUUUAAUGGAAUGCUUUUCUUCAGUUUAAUUGGGUUUUCCCACACUUGUAAACAACUGGCUUGUUAGUUAAAAUGUAACAUUAGGGGUUUUGCAGAGCAAAUAAAGAAGAUUUUAACUAAAAUCAUUUUCAUGCUAAGGAUGUUUUACUUGGUUUAGUUUCUAUUAAAGUAGCUUUUGAGCAUUCAUGGAUUUCCAGUUAUAAAACAUGAUACUAUGGCCAUAAGAUAACUUUUUACUCAUACCCUUCUUUUUCUCUAUGGCCAUGGGAUGACUUUUUAUUUAUGAAGAUGUUUUGAGGGAGUAUUAGAAAGCCAGACACAGGAAGAAUAUGAUACUCUCGUGCCUCCUCUUCUAUUCUGAGAAUGUUAAUUCCUGCUGCCGUCUGUAAAUACAGAGCCAUCCUAUAUCUAUGUGGCUUGUAGUCUGUAGGCUCUUGAUUGUGAAGCCAUAUUGAUUUGAAUUUAUUCGUGUUCUCUCUUCUAGCUUAUAGCUCAUAAACUGACAUCCUCAAAAAUUGCACUCAGUAACCUACCUUCUAUGCAAAGGAUAAAGUUAAUCCACCUAUUUAAAAUUGUGGCCAAUUUUAAACAGGAAGUCUUCUGUAUCUUGUUAACUGACUCUCCUAAAGAAUGAGCUCUAUACUUUUUUUUUUGGCUCAAUGAGAAGCAAAGGCAAAAUUUUAAAAAGUAGAUUAACUGCUGAGCAGAAGGCAUCACAUCUGAACUGUUUCCAAUCUGAACAGAAAGGGUCUGUCUAGAUAUAUGUAGAUGCAUGUCAAACACUCAUACAGAUGCAUUGGCACACUUUAGCAUAUAUUGAACCGGCUUCCUCAGGCACUGCAUUAUUAAUGGAAUAAGGCGUUUUUGAGAGCAGCAAUAGAUACAAACAAUUGGAAAGGAAAUGCUAAGAAGUGAUGUAGAUCAUGGUGCUUUAGAACUUAGUUCUUUAAGAUGUUAAGAGAUUUAAAAUUCUUCUCAAGAAAGCUAUCAGCAUUUUAAUGAAAAAUUUUUUCUAGGGAGGGAUGAUUGUGUAUCUAUCUAUCUAUCUAUCUAUCUAUCUAUCUAUCUAUCUAUCUAUCUAAUUUUCCUGGAGUAACUACAGAAUACAGUUCUGUUCUUUGUCAUUAGUCUUACGUACCAUUUACGUUAGGUGCAGGGUGUCUCAUACCAACACAGGCUCUGUCAAAUGGUCAUUACUGCUUGUCAAUGUGUGUGUGUGAUUUCCAUGAACAUCCAGCCAGGGCUGUUUUUGGUACCAAGUAGCCAAGUUCACUACAAAUAGAAUUAAAGUCUAACAUAUUAGUCCAUUUGUUAUCUAAUAUUCAAAUUCAGUGUAAAAGCUUUGUAGCCUUCUUGUGUAAAUGUAUUGUCCUGGAAUGGAACCAUUAUUUUUAAGGUUAGUCUGUUUUUCUAAGGUGAUGAAUACAUACAGUUCUUCAUUAUUAAAGAUCAUUUUUGUAAAUACUAUAAGAUUUUGGCUUUUUAGAAAAUGUUGUGGUAUUUAGAUGGGUCUGAUUUUUCUUACCACAUGAAAUGGUGUAUUUCCUACCACAAGGACUAAGUGACUUGGAUGGAGAACGAAUUGGGCCCCACAAUGAAAAGAUGAAAAAGAAAAAUAUUAUUUUUGAAAAGGCAUCACAUCCUGUAGGAUAUGAGGAAUUAGGAAAUAAUUAAAAAUGUCUGGAUAAUAAUAAAGCAUUUAUAAAAUCAGGAGGUAACUAAUGGAGCUCCAUUGACUUAAGCCAAUAAUGACUUAGCUUUAAUCUAUGAAUGGGACCAAAUGAGUUCUCUGGAGUUUCAUCGGCUCAAACCACAUAGUUUAAUUGAAUGUUUGAGUCAUUGUCACAGAUGUAAUGGCAUAUGGGAAGAGGGAAUGACUGUAGUCAGUUUUAGAAGUUUUGUUUUUUUCUUCGUUGUUUUUCUUAUGCCUUAAAUCCUUAAUGUGUACAAUAAUGGGUGAUUAUUGAUGUUGUAAGUAAAGAUUAAGUUGAGUUCAUCAUUUUUGUAUGAUUUAUGUUUAGAAGUCCUCUUUAUAAGGGAAAGUAUUUGUAGUUUGAUUGAAUUAUGAGCAUUUAGGUUUUUACCUCUGUAUCAGUGCUCACUUUUAGGGUUUAUUUUUUGAGCAAAUAGAUCCGUGUUUAAAGUGUGUUUGGGUGCUUUAUUGUUUGUUUAUGAUGGGUUGCUAAUAUUUCACUUAUGAAUUAUUUGUGUGAUAGUUUUCACAAGCACAAUAGAAACUUUUGAUUUAAACCAUGUGGAAAUUCAGCACAUUAAAAGAUACUUCUGUUUCUAUUUGGCAUAGAUAUUAAACUUCAUUAUGUAAAGAAAAACUAUUUUACAGCUUCAUGUACAUAUUGUUCAGGUGAUAAAAAUUUGAGGUAAAUUUUUAAAAAACUAUUUUUUUUUCUUUUAUGAAAUGGUGUUAGAGAAACACAGGUCCAGAAUUUUUGUUAUGAUAAAUAAAGAUAUCUUUAAACACAGAGUAAAUUACAUACAUUAUCCAGAUUUUGUGUAGAAAUAGGAAUAAAUUUUCAGUUUUACCAAGAGAUUGGUUAAAAUUCUGCAAUUUGUGGGAUAGUCACUGCCUUCAUUCUAUUGAAUCAGUUUUUCUUUCCUUCAUGUUAGGGAGACCAAAGCAGGUAAGCACACACAUUUUGCCUUCUUGAUACAUAAUAACAAAAUAUAUGUGAUUUGGGCACCAUACCUGAGAAUAAAUGAAUGGCCCUCUUGUGCAGUUGACCCGAGUAUCUUUGUUAUUCCUUAAGCAAUCUUGAGCCACAAAGGAGGCAUCUAGAUUGCCAAAGUCAAAUCUCUUUCAACUACAUAGUUAAUUGACAUUAGGAACUUCCCACAACCAACAAUGACUGUAAUUUCUACAAGGUGUUGUAAAAUGGCUAGCAUGCAUUGGUUAUAAAAUUCUUAUUUAUGAAAAUAAACAUAGAGCUUUUCUGCAGGUUUCUAAGUGUUUUUUUCUCCCCAGAAUGGGACCUUAAUCUAUUAAAUUAUUGUACAGGUCUCUCAUAUGCCCUCACAAACUCAGUCUUCCGUUAAAGAGACAAAUAAUGCAGGGAUGUCCUGUACUUCUCUUUCCAUUUAUUGUGGAGCUAGUGAUAAAUAAAAUGCUUUUAAAAUGCAAAAAAAAAAAAAUUAAUAAUACCCAUUAAGUUUAAAAUUAACUGAGACACUCCCCUUGUUUUCACUGUAUUUGUUGUUUUUGGAUACAGAGGAUUGUGGUGGUUCUCUCCUGACUCUGGCUGUUAAUUUUUUGGCUUAUCUUCCUUCUCCUUGAAUCCUUGUCAUGCUCUUAACAACUAUCUGUGUGUCUGUGACUCCCAAAUCUGUAUCUCCAGGCCAGGAUGGCUGGGGGCAAGCUCCUCAGACAUAAUCUGGGCACUGCUUCUUUGCUUUUGUGGUGACUAUUUUAUAUCCAGAAUAGUUGACAAUAAUGAGAUACAAUGGAAAGCAUGUCUUAUUUAAAGUCUUGAAAGGCAGGGUUCCUGUCUAAUAAAAAAAAAUUAGAAAAUAACAAGUAUGCAAAAAAUGUUUGUGACUAUAUGCAAUAUUAAAGGGCAUGUGAUACUCUA